AGGCUUCUGGGAGUUUUUUUUCUCCUGGUUCUUGGUUGCUGUAUGCAGCGCGUGCGUUUGUCAUCGCUUGGGUGUACUGCACUAAAUGAAGACACUAGCUGCGAUCUAAACCACGCUGCAGGAGAAGCACCACCAUGGAGGACCAUGGUAGCAUCUACUCCUGGUUUGCCCACCCUGUGUAUGGCCACUACUGGCAGCAUUACCAGCAGGCUAUGAACUGGCAACAGAGACACAGGCAAGCCUACAGAAAAGCCUGGGAGGCUGCCUACAGGCCAGGUUACCCCCAACAGUACCCCACUGCCCCCCAACGCUAUGCAGACUGGCAUGGGGGAGAGAGUGGGGGGAGGAGGGCAGAGAAGACGGUUGCUGCUAAGGAACAUGUGGAAGAGGAUUUGGAGGGGGGCACAGAUGACGAGGAGGGGGGCGGAGAAAGUGGCUCGGACAGCGAGAUCGAAUGUGAUGUCAGCAACAUGGAGAUCACAGAGGAGCUGCGCCAGUAUUUUGCCCAGACUGAGCGGCACAAGGAGGAGCUCAAGAAGCAGCAGCAGCUGGAGGCGGAGCAGCAGGAUAAUUACGUGUUGGCCGACCAAGACCUGCACAGAAUAUCCUGGCACAGCAGGUCGCUGCCCCCCUCUGAGCGGCCGGGCGAGCGCCGAGGCGCUGAGAUGAAGAAGCUGUACGGGGAAGACGCGGCAAAGGUCCAGGGUAUGGAGGCGGCCAUGCAGCUCACCUUCGACAGAAACUGUGACAAGAAACAGCCCAAAUACUGGCCCGUCAUCCCUCUAAAACUGUAGCUCCACUACGGACGUCCAUCUUCUUCCAAUGGAGCCCACCGACACAGUUCCAGUCGAGACAACCCCCUGAAACAUAGAGCUGAGAAACUGGGUCAUGUUCAGUAGGGAGGAAACUGAUUGAAAUGGAGAGGUACUCCCUGCAACCUGAUCACAAGUGCCUAAACAUUCCCCUCUCACCAUAACAUCUUAUGUAAACCAACAUUUUGGGGGGGAAUUUUGUUUCUGUCGUUCUUAGCCAGGUAUUUCCGUUCUUCUGGUUUCACAAUGAAAUGACAAAAUCAUAAGAUACAGGCAGAAGAAGAGGACAGGUAUACACAAUUUGCAUAAAUGUUAAAGCUCCCCAGCAAAUUGAGUUUACAGACUCAAAAUUGAAUCUCUUUUUCAGGCCACCUGUUCGGUCAACAAGCAUGGUUUCACGUCCAGGUAGCCUUCAAUCUAUGAUCCUCUUAUUGUUGAGGUAGUUUUUUUUU